AGGGAGAGAUUUAAUACAAGUUGUUCAGUGGAUUAUACCAUUUUAUACGGUCCAUUGUCGUACCCCCAAGGAUCAUACACUGACCGAAUUUGGGAGGUAUCGAACUAUGUUAGAAGAGAAUGAUUUGGCAACUGCAUUGAAAUACAGUUGGGCAACUGUAUACGGAUUAACGUCAACCUAACAGGCGUAUGUGCAUCCGCCCGCUAACCGGAUGUUUGUGGCAGAAGGACUCUGGGUCGUCUGACUCUGAGGAAGGAAAACGAAGGAGACGUGAAAUUCAGUUGAGCUUAAACCACAGAACUGUUCUGUGGCUUCAACGAAACCGGCAGUCCCUAAGAGAAGGAGACUCCUUGGCACCUGACACGGCCGUUGUUGCCGGCUGCUGCAGAGGAGGUGUUUGUGCAAUGGCUUCGGACCUGCUAGUCGAUUUGCAGGAGGACCUUGCCGGGGACGACACGGCCAAUAGUGCCCUGGACCAACUGAAGCUGUCCCCCAUGGACGACAGCCAAUGUCUGCCGGAUGACGUGGACUGCCUGAGCAAGUCUGACACAGACCUCUCCAGCCUCGGGCAAGGGUCCUGCACAAAACCGCUUGAGACAUACGAAGAUAUUGCCCGGCACCACAUCGUUGAGGUGGCAGGCGACGAUAACUUCGGCAGGAAAGUGAUCGUAUUUAGUGCCUGUCGGAUGCCCCCACAGCACGAGCUGAACCACCACCAUCUUCUCAAGUACCUGAAACAAACUCUGGACCAGUAUGUGGAGAGUGACUACACCCUGAUCUAUUUCCACCAUGGCCUCUCCAACAGGAACAAGCCUUCCUUCAGCUGGCUUAGAGAAGCCUACCGAGAGUUUGACAGGAAGUACAAGAAGAACAUCAAGGCUCUGUACAUCGUGCACCCCACCAUGUUAAUCAGAACGCUGCUCAUUCUCUUCAAACCGUUCAUCAGCUUCAAGUUUGGACAGAAGAUAAAUUAUAUCAACUACCUGAGCGAGCUGGAGAAGAUCGUGAAGUGCAAACAGCUGGUGAUUCCUUCACGAGUCAAAGACUAUGAUGAGAAGAUCAGUGCCUCGAUUAAGCCCUCUCCUCAGACGUCCGCCCCCGCUCCCAGUCCCCCGCUGCCCCACCAGCAGUUUGGAGUGUCACUGUCUGUGUUAAAAGAAAGAGGCGCUUACGACGACGGUGUUCCCCAGGUGAUGAGAGACACAAUCGGCUUCCUGAAAGAACAUGGUAUGCAAACAGAGGGCAUAUUCCGCAGGUCAGCCAACGUGAACCUUGUCAAGAGUAUUCAACACAAAUACAACUCAGGGGAGACGGUGAACUUCUCGGAGCAGACAGACAUCCACCUGGCUGCCAUAAUUCUAAAGAAGUUCCUGAGGGAGCUGCCUGAGCCGGUCCUCACCUACGGGCUGUACAACGGCAUCGUCAAUUUCCACAAUGUUGAGAGCAGCUCCCACGUCCGUGAAAUUCAGGACAUGUUGAAGACGCUACCGGAGGAGAACUAUACGUCCCUGAAGUUUCUCAUUCAGUUCCUUGUGGAGGUGUCUGCUCAGUGUGAGGUAAACAAGAUGAACAACAACAACCUGGCGGUGGUGUUUGGCCCCAACCUGCUCUGGGGCCGAGAUGCUGCCAUGACCCUCAGUGCCAUAGGACCCAUAAACAACUACACCAGAAUCCUCCUGGACCAGCACCUGGAGAUCUUCAGCCCCUGAACACCCCUGGCCCCACCUUCUGUUCAGCACUGUCCAAUCAGAUCAUUCCCUCCUUGGUUCUUCUGUCUUGACAUUCUGCCCCGAAUCUUCAAACAGGCCCUGUGUAACGUAUCUAGUUCUAUGAAAAGCUGAGGACACAGUGAAAAGAGGUGGGGUAGAGUAUGGGAGAUGUAGUUUAAUCGUGAAGGCAGGAAGCAGGCUUUCUGCUCCACGUACCUGGGCCUCCCCGACAAAAGGUGCCCAUGGAAACAUUUAGUACUUUGUCCUUCCCGGUACAAUGAAAUCAAAGGCAGUCAAAGAUGCCUUUUGCAUCCACAGUAAGAAAUAUUCUACAGGUGCACAAACAAAUUAUUUGGAACAAAUAUGCGCACACAUGCAUGCUGUAGUUUUUAUAAACAUGGAUAAAAAAAAAAAGUUUCAGACUUAAUUUGCUCAUGAAAGACAGUUGCUGUGAAAAAUAUUUAGUUUUUUCUAUUCAUUUGUGUCACAAUUACAGUACAGUACCACUUAACUUACUAAUGUUGCUUAAAAAUGUUGUUUAUUCUCUUUUCACUGUGAUUUUGAUAUUCAGCUAACAACCUGUUUUUAUGAGUAUUCUAAAAUCACAGGUAUGCUAAAAUCCGUUAUCGUGAACUCAUUUUGCUAAAAUCUAAUUAAUUUGAAAAAAGAAAACCAUGCGUUUUGCAUUGAACAUUUAGAAAAUUACUGCGAUGGUAUUGUUAUUUUACAAUUUAGUCCACUUUGAAUCCCUUACAAAUCCCUUAAGUAUAUUUUAUGUUUUUCAUGCAUACUUUGUGUAUAACCAUUUAUUUUUCAGCAAAUUGUUCUCUAAUAAUACUAGCAUAGGAACCAGUUGAUUACAACAAUAACAAAAUGCAUUUAAGGAAGGUCCAGCAUUAACACAUUUCUAAGAUAAUAUUGUCGCAUAAAGAUGCACAACAUCCCAAGCAGUAACAUUUUUCAGUUCAAUCCUGACCUUGACAUACUUGCUCCAAACAUAUUGUGGCAAUUACACCAAAUCUAAUAUUUAAUAAUAAGAAUAAUAAGAAUAAUAAUAAGAAUUAAUUAAAGAAGUGCGUGGAAAUUAAAAAGUAACUUAAACACUCAUCACAAGGUGCACUGCACUAGACGGUCGUAAUCAUGUCAGGUAUCAAAGAGAAUCAGUUUAGAUGGGACCUGCAUACAGGAUUUCUGAAUGACCUAAGCUCUGGAAGCUUUCCAAAGCAGACGUGUGGUGGCACCUACACAAUACGCGGUAGCAUAACCUGCAAGCCCGUCUGGUCUUUGAAGCGGCACACUCAAACAGGGAGCUAAAAUCAUCUUCAGAUGCCAGUACUUCUGUCUGAGGACUACAGUUAAGUGUAAUUACAUUCCCUGUGUUUGACUAUCCAGUAGGUGACCUGUUAAAACUGAAUAUAUCUUUUCUGUACCCUGUAUAUUGACUAAAUAUUUUUGAGUCCUUGUCGGAUUAAUUGUAUGCUUGUGAGGUGAGGUGUUGAGUUUGUUUCACCGUUUAUGUACAAGUAAUAUUAAUACUCCGUUUUGAUAGUUUUCUUUUGAAAGUAAUUGCCUCAGCAUCAUUUGGAAAAGGGGUUGAGAGUGGCCUCUAGGUAACCGUGGAGUAGACCCACCCAAAGAGAAAUGGGAUGCUCUGGAAAUGUCUGAAAUAUUUUUCUAUCGUAAUUAAACUUGUAGUUUAGGCCGCCGUGAAACACAACUGGCCUCUUUGCUAAUGUUUUUUUAUAUGCUGUGUUGUUGCGCCCUAUUUCGCCAAAAUGUUGAGGUUGAUUCUGUGCUUUUUAAUCUCGAUUACUUCAGUAUGGAUUUGAUAGUGUCUGUUGAAGCUACCAAUAUUUAAGGGUUGGGAAGGAGCUAGACUUGAGAAAGGACUGUAUAAAUUACAAGGUACAUUGUCGUUUUCCUGUUGUACUUGAAAGUAUGACAUACCUGAUUUUGCAUCUUAUGAAUAUAUCCCUUUUUUCCCCCAAUGUGUAUAGAAAACCUUUCUUGUAAUGUCAUAGUAUUCCAGUAAUGGAAGUUCAGAUAUGGCUUACUAGAGACCGUUUCAAUUCCAAAGUGUCUUGUGUGCCUUAUUUCACUACACAGGCAAGUAUAAUUGUCAGUCCUUAUCUGGGUCUGGUACUUAUGUUAAUUAUCAUGCCAUCUCCUAAUUUUUACUUCAGCUCUUAUUUUAUAUUUAUCUGUCUUGGUGAACGGUUAUUUCCCGGUGGCCAUGAUUAAAAUGAACUGCUUGUGUAAGCUUUUCUUUUUUGGAGAUGGUGAUUUUUUGUUUUUGUUAGUUUGUUUCUUGCUGGUUAUUUUACUGAAAUCUGUUAUUUUUCCAAGUCUUCUUUUUUAUAUUAAUUGUGGUCAAUAAAAGUACUAUGAACUGUAAAA